CACGCCUCCUGUGAAUGUCAAACACGUUUUCAUCUGGUUCUGCUAAAUCAUAGUUUUAUAUUAAUUCAACACUUCACGCCGCCGUCUUUUUAAAUCAUUUCCACAUUUGUUUUGGAGUUGCUUCUAUUUUCCUCCCUGCUCACCUGUACGGCCGUCCAUGGAAGAUGCUUCUCCGGACGUCGUGGACCAGACUGGGAGUUCGGCGGUCUGCAGAGGCCAAACACAUCAUCGCUGCAGUCACCCAGUCCCAGUCCACCCCCGCCCACGAGUAUGAAUCCAAACCCAGGACUCAUUCUGGUUCACGCGUCCUUACGAGGACAUGUUGUUUCAACAGCCUCCAUCUGCAGCAGAUCCCCAAAACACAUGUUCCAGCUGCUCUGGGCAGAUCUAUAAGUCUCCGUACAACUCUUUUACCAGAUCCUGGGAUGUUGACGACAUUAAGAGUUGGACAGCUCCGUUUUUAUUCCUCCAACAUUGUAAAAGCGGUGUUAAAACCAGGCGUGAAACCAACACCGUUGCCUGGAAAAAGACCCCCCAAAGGACCACGCACGAAGCAGCCGUCACGGGCCAACCAGCCGUCCCAUCAGGACCAGGAUAUGAUGCAGUGCAUCGCCUUCGCAACGGCGGAUCAGUAUCAUUUGCCAACACUCUGCCACGAACUAACAAACAACGGCUUCCAUGAAGUAGAUUUACCGAGAGAUGCCUCAAACGUGCUGGUGAUAAGCACCGACACGGCUGCUAAACCCGGUGACAACGCUCUAAUAUAUUUCUUCAGGGAAGGAUCGGUGGUUUUCUGGAACGUCGAAGAGAAAAUGAUGAAGAGGGUGAUGAGGCUGUUGGAGCAUCACGAGAUCCAGCCGUACGAGGUGGCGUUGGUUCACUGGGAGAACGAGGAGAUCAACUACGCCGUGGGAGCGGGCAACACCAAGCUGGAGCGGGGCAACUUCAUCCUGAGUGAGGACAUGGAGCAGGAGGACGCCGUCCUGGUCAAGUUCGCCUUCUCCAACGCUCUGUGUUUGUCCGUGAAGCUGGCGAUAUGGGAGGUGGCGUUGGACAACUUUGUGGAGUCGAUUCAAUCCAUACCGGAGACGCUGAAGUCGGGUAAAAGGGUGAAGCUUUCCUCUGCAGAGGUGAUGCAGAAGAUAGGAGAGCUGUUUACGCUGAGGCACUGCAUCAACCUGAGGUCGGACCUGCUCCUCACGCCCGACUUCUACUGGGACCGAGAGAUCCUGGAGAAGCUCUACGACAAGACGUGCCAGUUCCUCAGCAUCAACCGCAGAGUCAACGUCGUCAACGAGAAACUGGAGCACUGCACGCAGCUGACGGACCUGAUGAGGAGCCACCUGAGCCAGAAGCACAGCCUGAGGCUGGAGUGGAUGAUCGUCAUCCUCAUCACCAUCGAGGUGAUGUUUGAACUCGCAAAGAUGAUCUUCUGAGCUGCUGCUCCAAGAAAGCUGGAAUCUCCAAGACUUUUGAAGCCGGUCCAGUUUUUACGGUGAUGUGUGAAGGAUGAAGGGGACCUGGGUAAUCCUGAAUGUCUUACUGUUCAUGUCUCACUGUCUGGACUUUAACAACGCACAAUGAAAUGUUAAUUUUAUAUAGAACGGCAAGAAAAUGUAAGUGAACCCUAUUAAAUUACGCUGUUUUUUGUGUUAAUUACGUGCCGUAAAAUGUGAUCUGAUCUUCAUCAAAGUAGGAAGAUAAACGCAACGUGAUUAAACUGAUACGAUGAUAACAUUUCUAAAUUCCUAUUUUUACUGAAAGGACAUUCAUGAAAUGUUGGCAGAAGUGAAGCAGGAGACUCUGGGAUCAAAGUGUAUAAAUAUAAAUAGUCUGUACUACUAAUAAUUUAACGAGGUGUUUACCUCCAAGGGUUUGCUCCCAGUGUGGAUGUUUGAUAAAUAAAUGCACAUUUCUUCAGCAAAUUAACUCAGAAAACCAGCCAGGUUCUUAACUUGUGCUGGAGAUUGAGAUCUCAGAGGGUCCGACAGGAUUUGGCUGUUUUAACACCUGAUUACCGGCAAAACCUCCGAGUGUAAACUAAUACGUUAGUUUUACAAGGAGUUGUCAGAUUUUAUUGGUACCUUUCCAGUAAAGAUAGAAAAACCUCUCAGUGGUCACUGAAAAAACUUAAUACAAACCGGAUUCGGUUGAAGUUGGGAAAUUGCGUAAAAUGUAAAUAAAAACAAAAUACAACGAUUUGAAAAUCCUUCUCAACCCAUAUUCAAUUGAAUACACUACAAAGACAACAUAUUUAAAGUUCAAACUGAUAAACUUAAUUGUUUUUUGACAAAUAAUAAUUAACUUAGAAUUGCAUGGCUGCAACACGUCCAGUAGAAGUUGGGAAAGGUGGGAUAAAAUCCUGAGAAAGCUGAGAAAAGCUCAUCAAACACCUAUUUGGAACAUCCCACAUGUGAUCAGGAUAAUUGGGAACAGGUGGGAACCAGGAUUGGGUAUAAAAGGAGCCUCCCCAAACAUGCUCAGUCAUUCACAAGCAAGGAUGGGGCGAGGGUCACCACUUUAUCCACAACUGCGUGAGAAAAUAGUUGAACAGUUUAAGAACAACAUUUCUCAAAGCAAAGUUGCAAGAAAUUUAGGGAUUUCAACAUCUACGGUCCAAAAUAUCAAAAGGUUCAGAGAAUCUGGUGAAAUCACUGCACGUAAGCGCCACGGCCGGAAACCAAGACUGAAUGAAGAAUUCCACAUGAGAAGCUAAGAGAAUUAGUCUCCUCUCUUCCAAAACGUUUGAGUGUUAUUAAAAGGAAAGGUGAUGUAACAAAGUGGUAAACAUGCCCUUUCCCAACUUCUACUGCACGUGUUGCAGCCAUGAAAUUCUAAAUUAAUUAUUUGAAAAAUAAAAUAAAGUUUGAGUUUGAGCAUUAAACAUGUUGUCUUUGUAGUGUAUUCAAUUUAAUAUGGGUUGAAAAGGAUUGUCAAAUCAUUAUAUUUAGUUUUUAUUUGCAUUUUACACACUUUCCCAACUUCAACCGAGUGCGGUUUGUACAUAUGUUUUUUCUAAAAAAACAAAUGAAAAUCAGCCUUUGCUUUUCAAUUGUGGUUUAAAAAAAACUAACCUUGACAAAUUAGUUGGACCUCUAGAAAAAGUGUGAGAUAGCGUUACCGUAGCAACAUGUUAAACUAAAGUACCGGUAUGUAAGAGGUUCAGGCUCCACGGGACUGAAGACGAGCUCCCUGGACCUCGACCCGAGAGGACAAACGUCCAGGAGUCUUGACUCCGUGCAGCUAUGAUGAAAUGACGAGACGAUGGAGACGUUCUGGAGUCAAACGUGCUGCCCAGGGACAGAAAACUUGGUUGUGGGUCCAACAGGAUAAAGACCCAGACCCAGAACCAGAACCAGCCAAGAACCAAACAGAACCUUCUAUGAGUCCUGAAUCUACGUCCUGUUGAACAUCCGUGGAAACAUCUGGAACCUUCAGACCUGAGACUCCUGGAGACGUUUGAGGACCAGAACACCUUAUUCAGGUGGACAUGAGGACAAUAACACCUCUCUACAGGUGGAGACGUUUGUCCACGAGGACCAGAACUCCUUUCUUCAGGUGGACGAGUCUCAUCUCUAGAUUCACCCAAAAGGUUGUGGAAGAAAAUAUCCAGUUUAAGAACCAACACAACUUGUGGAGACAAAGCUUCAUCAGAGCUUUCUAUUUAUUUAUUUUAAUGACUCUGUUGAACCGUAAAUCAAAAGCAGCGUGUGAUUUCUCUAUCAAGUCCGUUUUUAGCAACUUUAGUACAUUAAACUUACUACUUAAUCCGUUUAGAGUCAUUCCAGCGGCCGCUGCGGGUUCUUCUUUCAGUGGACGGAUACCAACAAAUUAGUGCAUGUGUUCGCGUGACUCGUCCGUCCAAACUUUAAUCAACGAUGUGUGCUGUGUUGAAGAAAAUGCAAUAAA